ACAUGUAAACAAAUUAAUUUAAUAAUUUUAUAAUAAAAGUCAAAUGGAUACACGGAGAAUAACACUGCAUACAUUAUAUCAGUUUAUCAUUUAAAAUUGUAAAUUUUUAAUAAUGUUUUCGGCAAUCGGGUAUUACAUUGAUCCUCGAAAAAGAAAAAUUCUUGCAAUUUCUGGUUUAAUAUUAGGUUUUAUUAUAUUUAUAUCAAAGUACAUACAAAAAAGUAUUCAGAAUUACCAAAGCAAACAAUUCGUUUCGUAUCUCGAAAGAAGCAGAAAAUUUCAGCAUUAUGAAUCAACAGAAAGGACUUGUAAUCAAGCAAUUCAAGGUUUUACUUCGAAUAUUUGUGAUAAUUUAAUGAAACAAAUAAAUACAGGUGAUAUUUUGGAUAAAUUGAAAACUAAGGAAGGUGAUAAAGUUUCACUAUGGAAUGAAUUAAAAAUAAAAACAUUUGUGAGGUUAACAACGCUAAUCUACUCAUUAUCUUUGAUUACAAUUACUCUAAGAGUUCAAGUAAAUAUUUUGGGAGGAUUUUUAUUCAAAAAUACAGAAAAACAGUCAAAUAUAAUUAUAACUGAUGAAAUGAGAUUAAAAUAUUUGUCUUUGUCACAGCAUUUUUUAGAUAUAGGAAUACAUAAUUUGCAAAGAGUUGUAGACGUGAAAAUUCGAGAAUUAAUGAACUCUUAUGAAUUGAAACAACAGCUUUCGCUUGCAGAAAUCGAAAAAUUGUUUUGGACAAUUCAAACUGCUAUGCAUAGCGAAUUUUCCAGAUCAAACAAAAUUUCAGAAUACGUAUUGCCUAAAAAUUUUGUUGGCUGCAAAGUUUUGGAAGAAAUGUUUUUAGAUACAGUCGAUAUAUUGGAGAACAGUGAGAUUUCACUACUAUUCGGAAAUAAUGUAUGCGAUUCGUUUUCAGUUGCAGUGGAUUGCAUAUCAGAGUAUUUUCGGUGUAACGAAACUUCACAAAAAAACGGAGGAAGCAAUGAAAAUUUUGCUAAUAUUAAUGAAAUAAAAUUACCACUUGCAAAAAUAAUUCCAAUAGUAAAUUGCUUAACUUCUAAUGGUGUAAAAAAAGCUGAUCACAAAUCUGUUAAUAUUGUUUCAACAGUUUUGCCAUUUCUACUUUCAUCAGAAAAAAAUAUUGCUCUUGGAGCAAAUAUAUAUGAGGUUUUUAGCAAUUAGUUUAAUGAUCAUUUUGAAAAAGAUUGAAAAAUUGUCUUCGAAUUUGAAAAUUGCAAUUUAAAAUAUACUUGGUUUUAAUAUAAUUAAAUAAAAUAUGGCAUUAAUAUUACUCAAUUAUGCUGGAUUUUAUUCGCUAUUUAAUUUACAAAAAAUAGAAAUUGUAAAACUAAAAUUUGAAUAACUGUUAAAGCAUUUAUCUUCUGGUAGUUCGGUACGUUACGCAAAAAAAUAUUCGCUGUUUGCAAAAAAGAAUUUUACAAAAUAUAUAUACAGGUGGAAGAAUAAACAAAAUAUCACAUUCCGAAGGUUUCAAGUUAAUAAUAAAAAUAUUGAACAUUUAUGCAACAGAAAGAAAUAUUUACCAAAAUCGGGGAAAAAUGUUUGAUGGAAAAAAAAGGUGUACCACUUAGCAUUAAAUAACUAUAAUGAAAAAUUAAAGACUUGAAUUUCAAUAAAGGUUUGAUGGUUUUAAA